AUGGCACCACACAAGAAUCCCACUGAUGGCAGUGGGGUUCAUCCCAAUUCUGCCACACUAAUUCAUGAAGAGCAGUUCUCUGAGGCCAUUGACGAUGAUGUAGAGGUAUCAUUGGAGGAUGUCUAUGAACAUCUCAAUGGAGAAGCCCUCCCUGAAGGGCUUGCAGAGGUGGAUGGCAGUCUUCAGCUGGACAUGACAGUUGCUGAAGACCAUGAUGGGGCAUCCAUUGGAGACACCAGUGUGGUGGUCGGGACUCCAGCUGAUAGCGAUGGAUUGGGAUGGGGUAAACAAUUGCUGCUGCCUACCCUAUCUCUGUCCGCUCCGAUACUCACCUUCAGAUCAAACAUCACUCCUCUCACCACCCUCCUCUUCUUACUCCUCACGACCCCUCCACCCUUCCAUCACUCUCCGACCCUACCUCCAUCUGUUCCGAUAUUUACCUUCAGACCUGACAUCAUUCCUUCCCCACUCCUCUCAUCACUCUCCUCCCUCCGACCCUCUUCUGCCAAACCUCUGCCAAGUUACAACCUUCCACCGCUGUCCUGUACCCUCGGACACCGCUCAUACCUUCGCUCCGAGAUCCCAUCAUAG